AAUGUGUUCGCAGAGUUUUAUUUGUUUGCGUGCCGUUCGUUGUAUAAACAAUUCAUUCGCAUCGAAGAGAAUUCAGUGGAAUAAAGCAUUCGCCGCUGCAAGCAAGUGAAAAAUAAAAAAUCACACUACGAUCGGAAUAACCCAUGAGUCAGUAAAUUCGUUGGUUGUGCGCAUCAAGAGAGCUGAUAAAUGACAUAGUAUAUAACAACACACAUCGGGGAAGUACCUCUAACGCCCGACGCUUAGUUCAGCUCGACACGAACAGCAGCCGAUUGGUUUCAUUGUCGUUUUGAGUGCGCAACGAAACGGUUCGUCGAGUCUUUGCUCGGUGUUAAUUGCGUCGUUAUAAAUCCGAAAACGCAGUGAACAAGCAAAAUAAAAAACAAUCAUACAAAUAUAAAAGUGAAAGAGAUACAAAUCGCUCACGUGGAGCUUUGGAAAAAGUGCGAGCGAGAUAAUGAAUCAAUAUUUUGAUUUGGAUCAGGGCAAGAAUGUCGUUGCCUACGUCAAUAACAAUGAUUGUUCCAGCACAAGCGGUUACAGCAGUGCGAAUUCACCAACAUCGAUGACACAUUCGCCCGCGCACUCCCCCGAAACAAUGGUGCUGCAAAAUGAGUUUGCCAACCUCAAUUUGCCCGCGAUAUCAUCGAAUUCACCUUCACCACAGCACCAACUACAGCACCACAUGCAAAACUCACCUUACCACACAACGCAAGCAAGUCAGCUGCUAACAAAUGGCAACCUCGGCAUGGAUAUCGAUGUCAGCAAUCCAAACAACAACAGUAAUCUAACCUUUGGCAAUAUGUACAUGCCAGUGGAUCAUUUCUAUGCAACGCCCAGUCCACAAUCUGUGGGCUUCCCCACCACCACCAACGUGGUGGACAAUGUGACAAAUAUGGGCAUCAAAAAUGAAUACACCGCUGUGCUUCACAUUGCCGAGCAACCGGUGGAAAAGUUUCGCUUUCGCUAUAAGUCCGAAAUGCAUGGCACACAUGGCUCGCUCAAUGGUAUAAACUCGAAACGCACUCCAAAAACAUUUCCCGAGGUAAUAUUGCGCAACUACAAGGGACCGGCGGUAAUACGUUGCAGUCUGUUCCAAACCAAUCUGGAUAGUCCUCAUUCGCAUCAACUGGUCGUGAGGAAGGAUGAGCACGAUGUCUGCGAUCCACAUGAUUUGCACGUGUCACAGGAUCGUGGCUAUGUGGCGCAGUUCAUCAACAUGGGCAUCAUACACACGGCCAAGAAGUAUAUCUUCGACGAGCUGCUUAAGAAGAAAAAGGAUCGAUUGGUCUUCCAGUUGGGACGCCGAGAGUUAUCCACCAAGCAGAUACAAGAGCUGCAUCAGGAAACAGAGCGCGAGGCGAAAGACAUGAAUUUGAAUCAGGUACGCCUCUGUUUUGAGGCCUUUAAGAUUGAGGAGAACAACACAUGGACACCGAUUGCGGCGCCUGUUUUCAGCAAUGCCAUCAACAAUCGUAAAUCCGCUCAAACUGGCGAGCUGCGUAUUGUGCGCCUGAGCAAACCAACGGGCAGCGUUAUGGGCAACGACGAGCUCAUCCUUUUAGUGGAGAAGGUCAGCAAGAAAAAUAUUAAGGUGCGCUUCUUUGAGGAGAACGAAGAUGGCGAAACGGUUUGGGAACAAUAUGCCAAAUUCCGUGAAUCCGAUGUGCAUCAUCAGUAUGCAAUUGUUUGUCAAACGCCCGCCUACAGCGACAAGGAUGUGGAGAAGGAGGUGGCCGUCUCCAUUGAGCUGAUACGUCCCUCGGACGAUGAGCGAUCCUUUCCGCCACUCCCCUUCCGUUACAAGCCCCGCGAUGCGAUUGUUUCGCGCAAACGUCGACGCACUUGCUCCUCGUUCAACAGCAGCAGCAGCAGCGGCGGCGGAAGUGGACAUAACUCUUUUGAGUUACCUAAAACGGUGCCGCAACAGGGUUUGCCGAGCGUCUCGUUUCAUGAUCAGACCAUUAGCCAAGAGUUUGGUCGCGAGAUUCACGUCGAUGACUUGUUGCCGGAGUCGUGUCGCAACAUUUUGAAAGUGAACACCUCAGAGUUGGAGAAACUAUGUGUGCCCAUGUUAGGUAUGCUGGAGAACGAUGGUCACUCACAGGCGGAUUCAUCAGCAGCACUUGCCGGCACAUCAUCAUCGGGACAGAAUCGUACCAGCAACUAUUUGAGUGAAAUAUUCAAGAUCUUCGAUGCAACGCGACGCACAAGCGAUGAUGAGCAGCUCUUUAAGGCGACGCGAAAACGUGUCAAGGAUCUGUUCACCGAGCAUGCGCUGAACAACACCGAAAGCAACGAUACGCUGCUCCACGAGGUAAUCAGCCAGCGCAAGGAUAACUUGAAGCUGGCAUUUAAAAUGUUCCAAGUUAUGAACUACUUCAAGCUGCACGAGCUGGCCAACAAUGUGUCCAAUGCGGAGGGCGACAAUGGCUUGCAUGUAGCCUGCCAACAGAAUCGUCCCCACUACAUACGGCCAUUGUUGGCCUUGGAUUGCAGUCCCAAUCAACAGAAUCACAUAGGUAACACGGCGUUGCAUGUGGCCGUCAAGGAGGAGCAUCUCAAUUGCAUUGAGAGCUUCCUCAAUGGCGGGCAGAACAUCAAACUGGAUUUGACGCUGAAAAACGAUGAUGGUCUGACGCCUCUGCACAUGGCCAUCACCCAGAAUCGUUAUGAUGUGGCAAAGAAGUUGAUUGAUCAUGAUCGCAGCUCUAUCAAUGUGACAAACACCAAGGAUGGCAACAAUGCCUUGCAUAUGGCAGUGUUGGAGCAGAACUUAGAGUUGCUUAUGCUGAUACUGGAUGCACAGGAUGUCACUGACGUACUGGUGGCGAAAAAUGCAGCCGGCCUGACGCCAUUGGAAUUGUCCCGCGGCCGUGAUAACGAUAAAUGCAGACGGGUACUCGAGCAGGUUUAUGCCGAUAAACUCAAUUUGCCCAUGACCUGGAUACCGGUCAAUGUGAAGGAAGAAAUGGAAUCGUCGUCGGCCGAAGAUGAUGAGGAGAGCAACCCUGAAGCGCCGACCAUGGAGAUUAAAACAGAAGAGCCUGAGAUGGUCGUUAAAACCGAGGAGACGGCUAUGGAGUUGGAUGAGAUAUAUGCAAACCGACAACUGGAAAAGUUGCUCAAUAAUAAAACGCGUUUCGACAAACUGGUCACGUUACUUAAUGAGCCAAGCAGUCGGAAUGCCAAGUUGCCCAAGUGGAAAGAACUGGCAGAGAAAUCCUCAAUGAAUCAACUCAUAUUCCUCUGGUCGAAUUCCGAGGGCAUGCUUAACUACAUACACUACAAGUCUAGUAAAGCCGAGUACAAAUCAUUUGCAUUAACGCUUCAGGCAAUGGGACUUCUCACCAUCCACGAUUAGCCUUAAAGCACACAUAUCUAUUGUAUACAUUUGUUUAGCUAAGUUGAUGACAAAAUUACAGAAUCACUCAUUUCCCAUUAAUAA